CCUCCAACUCUUAUCAUCAUUUCGAUGGCAAUUGAACUUGUACCGUUGCCUCUCCCCGCCUCCGCUGAUCCAUCUAAAUUCGCAGACUUUGGUAGGGAAGUCAAGGGCGUUAACCCAGGCACUUUGAGUCCAGAGGAAUUUGAGCAAGUCAAGGACGCUUUGUACAAGCACGACGCUCUCUUAUUCCGAGACGUAGUCCUCACUCCAGAGCAACAGUAUGCAUUGACAAAGGCAUUCGAUCCUCAAUCCGAAAGCUACGGGCACGGGAACAACAAGACAGGUAGCACUAAGAAAUCCAUUCUCCACCCCGAUCUCAAAACCAUCCCUCGCGUCCCCCAAGUCCAGCUCAUCGGCAACGGGACCGUCUACAACCACGAAGGACUCGCCGAAGCCAAACUCAAACACCCAAGUCACACGACAUUCCACAAGACCCGCGUCUCCCCACAGGACGAAGCCAACGGCAUAACGCGGUUCUACCGCUGGCACAUCGACGCUGCGUUGUACGAAUUGUCCCCGCCGAAAGUGACCACGCUGUAUGGCAUCAAGGUGCCCAAAGGCGAUCCGCAGGUGGUGAGAUAUGAUGAUGGGACUGGGGACGAGCUGCCUGUUCCGCCUGGGACGACGGCGUUUGUGUCAGGGAAGACGAUGUUUGAUAUUUUGCCGGUGGAAUUGAAGAGUUUGGCGGUUAGAGCAAAGGUGAAGUAUGCGCCUCAUCCGUAUGUGUGGAUGGCCCCUGCGCAUGCGAUGUCUACGGGCUUGGGGAUCGAGUCGGAGGGGUUGGAGUUGGAGUUGGAUGAACUACCUGAUUGGGAGGAGGAGAAGGUCAAGGUGUUCCCCGUGGUUUGGAAAAACCCUGGAACGGGGGCGUUACAUUUUCAAGUCCACCCAUGCGGCGCACAAGAGCUCCUAGUCGAUCCUCUUCCUCAAGGCGCCAAACGUGAAGGGGCUUUAUACCCAGACGGAGCACACAUCACCGACCUGAAAGUAGUUCGGGAGACGUUGUACAAGAUGCAGAGGCCUGCGAUCUCGCCUGAGCUCGUAUACCCACACGACUGGCGCGAGAACGACCUGGUCCUGUUCCAUAAUCGUGGUGUGCUGCAUACGGUCGUGGGGGCGUUCACGCCCGACCAGAUACGCGCGUUCCACCAGUGCAAUUUGGCUGCGUCGGAUGAUCCGGCUGGGCCUUCGGAGGAGGAUGUGGUUAAGUGGGCUUGAGCCUUGCAGGGAGAAAGAGAUGGUAUUGAAAGUUGGACGAGGAAUCAAAGUAAUAAUGGAACGGCUGAAGAUUGUGUAAUUUUACUGUAUCGUUUUGCACUGGUUUGAAAGGAUAUCAAGCUUGAGUACUUCAGUACUUGAGUUUGAAUAAUCAU